CAAAACUCUCUCCCUCACUAGGAACCUGUCUGCAGAGCCUCGAACCCUCACACAGACACACCUGUGCAAGAAGCAGCGUGAAGACGAGCUGGCCAGAGACUCAGAUCCCCAGCAAUUCAGCCUGUCCAUCUCAGCAAGGCCACGAUGAACCGAGGAAUCUCUUUUAGGCACUUGUUCCUGGCGCUGCAGCUGGUACAACUCCCGGCUGUCACUCACGGGAAGACAGUGGUGUUGGGCAAAGAAGGGGCUUCGGUGGAACUGCCCUGCGAAGGUUCCCAGAAGAGCCGUCUGUUCUUCUGGAAGCUCCCUGACCAGACGAGGAUUCUGGGACAUCAGAAUAAUUUUUUGACUAAAGGUUCAUUUGAUGGGUCUGACCGUUUUGAUUCAAAAAAAGCUGCAUGGGACAGAGGAUCAUUUCCUCUCGUCAUCAAUAAACUUAAGAUGGAAGACUCAAAGACUUAUAUCUGUGAGGUGGAUAACAAGAAGAUAGAGGUGGAGCUGUGGGUGUUCAGAGUGACCGCCAGUCCGGACACCCGCCUGCUGCAGGGGCAGAGUCUGACCCUUACCUUGGAUAGCAGCUCCAAGGUCACUCACCCCUCAAUAGAGUGCAGAGGCCCUGGGAAUAGAAUUGUCAAGGGCUCCAAAACCCUCUCCAUGCCCAACCUAAGGAUUCAGGACAGUGGCAUCUGGACUUGCACCGUAACCCAGAGCCAGCAAAAGAAUAACUUUGAUAUAAACAUCUCAGUGUUGGGUUUCCAGAAGACAUCUACCACAGUCUAUAAGAAUGAAGGGGGGCUUGUGGAGUUUUCCUUCCCACUUAACUUGGGAGAAGAAAAUCUGCGGGGAGAGCUGAGGUGGAGGGCAGAGAAGGCCCCCUCCCCACAGCCCUGGAUCAACUUCUCCCUGGAGAAUAAGAAGGUGUCCAUGCAAAAGACCAGGGACAACCUCAAGCCCCAGAUGGAGGAAUCACUCCCACUCCGCCUCAAGAUACCCCAGGUCUCGCUAGAGAGCGCUGGUUCCGGAAACCUGACUCUAACUCUGGCCAAAGGCACACUGCAUCAGGAAGUGAACCUGGUGGUAAUGAAAUUGGCUCAGAAAGACAACGCUGUGACCUGUGAGGUGAGGGGACCUGCCUCCCCCAAGAUGAGGCUGACCCUGAAGCUGGAGAACCAGGACAAGGUCUCCAGGCAGGAGAAGGUGGUUGAAAUGCUGGACCCUGAGGCAGGGCUGUGGAUGUGUCAACUGACUGAAGGGGAUGAGGUCAAGAUAACCUCCAAUAUCCAGGUUUCAGCCAGAGGGUUGAAGCAGGACCAGCCAAUGUUCCUGGCUCUCGUGCUGGGGGGCAUCUUCAGCUUUCUGAUCUUCAUUGGGCUCUGCAUCCUCUGCUGUGUCAAGUGCAGGCACCAGCAGCGCCAGGCAGAACGGAUGUCUCAGAUCAAGAGGCUCCUGAGUGAGAAGAAGACCUGCCAGUGUCCCCACCGGAUGCAGAAGACUCAGAAUCUCCUUUGAGGCCUAGGCCCCACCGGCAGCCUACCAACUGUGCCUUGCCCUGUCUGCUGAGGCCUGUGGACCAGAUGAAUGUAGCAGACGCAGUGCCUCCAGCCUCCGUCCGGCCUCCUCUUCCAUAACUGGCCACUGUUUCUCUCCCUCUAUUCCCAAGCUCAAAGUAAGCUUGCUCUCUGCUUUUCAGACAAUUAAACACACUGUUUAUUUUUCCCAGCUUCCUUUUCACCAAGACCUCAGCCCUUCUCUGACUCUUGUUCAGAGCCUCUUUCCAGCUGUCUGUUUGGAUCGAAGGGCAGUGCACAGAAUCAGCCAGGCGUAGAUGGUCGCACAGCCUUUUGGGGACAGAUGUGGACCCCAAGCUGCUGACAUCAGCCUCAGCUUCCCGUGCUGCCUGCUCCUCACUUGGUGUUGGCAAGACUGGGCUCACAUUCUGGCCAGUGUACCAACACACACGCAGGCCGCAUGCCCCUGCACAUAGCCACACACUUAUCCGUAGUUAAUGUAUCAGCCCGUUUAAUGUCCUUGGUAUUUAAGCCUUUCAAAAACCUUACAUGUAGGCAAAGUAAAAUGGUUCAGCAGUAAAAGCUCUUGCUGCCAAACCUGAGGACCUGAGUUCGAUCCCUGAGGAUGGAAGGAGAGAGCUGACUCUCAAAAGUUGUCCUCCACUCAUGUGCCGUGGCCCUCAUGUACACACACACACACACACACACACACACACACACACACACACACACACACUGAAACCCUACAAGCUGGCAGUGAUGACCAAGCUGGCAGAGAUGACCGAGCAUCUCCGAUAAAAUGGAACUAAGGUUGAACGACUACCCCAGGUCACACAGGUAGCUAGUGUGGGUGUCAGGACCAACCCAGGGCUCCUGAUUGCUAGAGCCACUUUCUGUAACACAGGGGUGAAUGGCAGGGAGAUCUCUGGAGCUAGUCACAGGCAUGUACCUUGGAAGCACAGGAGCACAGCACCCACAGGAUGGCCUGUGUCCAGAUCGCUCCCUGACCACUGCUGUUUGUGGACUCCUUUACUGGAGGACAAAACCCCAGUUCACUUAGAGCAAGGCCAAGAGAACCCACCGUGCAGAGACCUGCCACUCACUGCAUGCAGAGCCCGGAGAGUGAGCUAUGUUGGGGCAGGGGGGUCCUUUGUCCUUUGAUGAGGUCCUCAGCCCUUGCCACGCAUCCAGGGAGACCAGGGUUAUAGUAUUCUCCUGCCAGUCUUGAUCUGUUUCUCUCAGAGUCUCAGCUUCCUAGGCCUCUUUCAUUCUCCUGCCUCAGCACCUGCCUUUUUCCUCCCAACCCCGUUCCUUUCUUUUCUUUCCUGGUGGCCUCUUCCAGAAAGACCCCCCUGCCCCACCCCUCAAUUGCUGCCAGGCUCCUCACUGAUUACUUUUUAUUUGUACCCACUCCUGACUCCUGCUUCCUCAGCUGACAGAAAAAUAAAGACUAUAAUUAAAAUGCACUUUGUGUGUGUGUGUGUGUGUGUGUGUGUGUGUGUGUGUGUGUGUGAGAGAGAGAGAGAGAGAGAGAGAGAGAGAGAGAGAGAGAGAGAGAGAGAGAGAGAGAGAGAGAGAGGAGGGGGGGCAUGUACUUCUCUGGGGACCCAGGAGUCUUUGGGGCUUUAGCUGCCAGGCCUGGCCCAGGAAGAAGAUGAAAUCGCCCAGAGAAGAAAAAACUCCCUAGAGGUUGAUUUCCCACCUUCUCAUCCCAAAAGCACUGUGUGUGUGACUCUGCAGUUAGCCUAGAGAUUAUGGGGUUAUGUGUGCUUUCCUGCCGUCUGUGUAUGGGAGAGGAAAGGGACUAUGAGAAACUGUAAUGUGUGUGGCAAUUGUGUGUGUCCCCACCAUAAGUGUGCGCUUGUGUUCUGGGAGGAGAAAGAGGUGUACACAGGUGUGCCAAGAGCCCACAUCCUUUUUGAUCCGUGCAACCACCUCCAACUUCACAAGCGGUCUUAGCCUGCAUCAGAAGCACCCUUAGCUUCCAGCAGGCCUUCAGGUGGUGCCCCUCUGAGCUCUACCCAAGAAGAGCCCUCACAAGGAUGCACACAGUGACACACGGUGACACGCUUCCUCCUCCCCUGACAGCUAGCUCCUCAGCCCCUAACAACAUCAGCUGCCUCUUCGGGCUCAUUCGUGUUGAAAAAACGGGACGGGGUGGGGGCAGGACACCAACCGCUUCACCAAUGAAGCCCGCUCCCCGCCGUCCUCCUCGCCCCCUCCUUCUCCGCUCCUUCCUUGCCCCUCCUCCGCUAAGUCCCCGCGGUCCAGUUUCCCCGCCCCACCCUCGCCACCCCCGACCCCAAGACUGGCCAGCGGCUCCCUAACCCCGGGCUCGCAGGCGGAUGACCCCCGGGAGGCAGGAGCCUCGAGGGGCCGCAGACCAGCGCGCCCGCCGCGGGCUGAGCUUGGGAGGCCCGGCUGCGGAGGGGGAGGAGGCCUGGAGGGAGGGAGCGAACGAAGGAGGAGGGCUGGCGAGCUGGAGCCGGCAGGCGGCGGGAGCCCGGGCGAGCCUCGCCGGGAGUGCGUCUCCCCGGCAGAGCGGAGCGCGGCCGGAGCUUAUCUAGGUGACUGAGCUCCACCCCUCUGCACUGACUGGUCAAGACUCACUGGAGACAGAGGCCUGGAAGUCCCAGCAUGGGAAUCAGAGGUCGCUAGCCAGCUUCAUAGAUGGCAAAGCAGCAAGCUUGCCUCCCCCAUCAGUUACAGGGAUAACUAAGGAAAAGCCCCACCCAAUAUGGAGGCUGAGGACCACCACCUCUACUGAUUCUCUGCCUUCUCCCCUGCCCUGCCCACGGGGCCUUAGCUGAGUCGGGUCCUGUAAUGCUGAACAGUAA